AUGACCACAGGCAAUACAGGCAAAAUUACCGAUUGGGUAGACCCCAAAGACAAGUCGGGCGAAUUCAAGCGGCAGCAAUCGGUGUUCCGCAACUUCAUCUCCAGGGAGCCUGGCGCUCAAUUUCCUCCGGAGAAAGAUCGCUAUCAUCUUUAUGUCUCAUAUGCCUGUCCUUGGGCACACCGGACAUUGAUCACACGGAAGCUCAAGGGUCUCGAGGAUAUCAUCUCGUUUACAUCAGUCCACUGGCAUUUGGGCGAAAAUGGCUGGCGCUUUGCAACAGCCAACGAAGAGGUUGCAGGAGAGAAUGUCACCCCAGACCCGUUGCAUCCUGAUUUCACGCAUCUGCGUGCCAUAUACUUCUCCAAUGAUCCCGAUUAUACUGGAAGAUUCACCGUCCCAGUGCUAUUUGAUAAGAAGACGCAACGCAUCGUGAGCAAUGAGAGUGCUGAGAUCAUUCGCAUGUUCUACUACGAAUUCGAUGAUCUCCUUCCCGAAAAAUACAAGAACGUCGACCUGUACCCUCCCGCUCUCCGAAGCGAGAUCGACGCCACCAAUGACUGGACCUACAACGACGUCAACAACGGCGUCUACAAGUCUGGUUUUGCGACGACACAAGAAGCCUACGAAAAGGCUGUGACGACCCUCUUCGCCUCCCUCGACAGGAUCGAAGCCCAUCUCUCAAAGGACGCCAACUCCCCGUACUUCUUCGGCUCAUCCAUCACCGAGAUCGAUAUCCGACUUUUCACGACUAUCGUCCGCUUUGACCCCGUCUACGUGCAGCACUUCAAGUGUAACAUUCGUGAUAUUCGCUCCGGGUACCCCGCCAUCCAUCGCUGGUUGCGUCGCCUUUACUGGGAUAUUCCCGCGUUCCGGCAGACGACGGAUUUUGAGCACAUUAAGAAACACUAUACAAAGAGUCAUAAGCAGAUCAAUCAGUUUGCUAUUACUCCUGUCGGGCCGGUUCCAGACAUUCUUCCUAAAGAGGAAGAGGUGAGAGCGGUUGCGGCACGAUAG